GUGAUGAAAAAAUGAUUUGUUCAAUUAUGUGAUGACCCGUGAGAGAGUGAGCCAAAAGCUUAACUGCCUUAAGUCCCUCCCACAGUGCCCACCAUUACAUGACAAAAUCCCAACUCCCAUAUACAAACAAUUUGAUGGCCGGCUGCUUCACAUGCCUCCAAAAUCCAACACGAGCAGUGCCUCCUACGGCUAUAGGUACUACUAUCCUCUUCCUCUCUCUCUCUCUCUCUCCCACUGCUGCUGCUGCGUCUUAUAUUACACUACACACAUCUCUCUCAUCCCUCUCUCUUUCCAAACCAAAAGGGUUAUCUCAAGAAGUGGGAUUAGCACCCUUUUUGUAGCCAUGAAAGUGAUGUUCUCAGCACUACUCCUUUUGCCCUUCUGAUAAAGCCUGAACUUCCCCUAGAAUGGUCUCUUUUGCCCAAUUUGACUUCAAAUAUGUUUUCUUUUCUCGGGACACGAGUUUCCCUCCCUCUCCUCCGAUCAGUCUCUGUUGCUGCCAAGAACCAUAAUAAUAUAAAUCCCCCACGAAAAAGCUGAACUGUCUCUUUUCCUCUCGCAGCCAAUUUCACCCACAACAACCUGGAUCGCUCUUCCCAAAGGCAAAGGUACCCACUACUACUACUAGUCAGGUCCCUUUCUCUCUUUUCCCUCUUCUCUGAUUUUUCUUUCUUUUUUUAAACACAUGCAUCCUCCAUACCUAAAGUAAUCUUAUUUAAGUCUGAAUAAAAUUAUUAUUCAAGAUCUUUGAUUAAGUUAGUUAGUUAGAAGAAGACUUAUGAUUAAACCGGAACAAUUCAACAUUAGUUGAUCAACCUGCUUGAUGAUUCCCUCUUUUUUGACAAUUUGUUAAUUGUUCCCCCUUUCACUCUUUCUCCCCCCCUCCCCCCACAUGACGCAAUUCACACCCUCACUUCCUCCCUUGCACCACCAAAUCACACCCCUCCUCCAAAACCCUAACAUAAUGAACAAAAACCAAAUCCCUAGGCCUAGGCCUUGGCCUGCAGCAUGCUUCCCUACUACCUCCAAGGCCCUCUCCAACUUCGGCGACGCUAACUGCAUGGAACAGUUGCUUGUUCACUGCGCCAACGCUAUUGAAACCAACGACGUAACCCUCGCACAACAGAUCCUUUGGGUGCUCAACAACAUAGCUCCCCCUGAUGGUGACUCCAACCAACGCCUCGCCUCUGGCUUCCUCCGCGCCCUCACCGCACGUGCCGCCAAAACCGGCACGUGCAAGAUGCUCGUCCCCGCCGGCGGCACCAACCUCUCCAUUGACACGCACAGAUUCAACGUCAUUGAGCUCGCUAACUUCGUCGACUUAACCCCGUGGCACCGCUUCGGCUUCACCGCCGCCAACGCCGCCAUCCUAGAGGCCACUGAAGGGUUCUCCGUGAUCCAUAUUGUCGACCUAAGCUUGACGCAUUGCAUGCAAAUUCCCACACUUGUCGACGCCAUCGCCAGCCGCAACUACCACGAGGUGCCGCCGCCGAUAAUCAAGCUCACGGUGGCGGCGGACGCUAGCUUCAGGGACAACAUCCCUCCCAUGCUCGACCUCUCCUACGACGAACUCGGAGCCAAGCUGGUGAAUUUCGCCCGGUCUAGAAACAUGGUCAUGGAAUUCAGAGUGGUUUCUUCGAGUUACCGAGACGGGUUCGCGGGUUUGAUCGAACAUUUAAGAGUGCAACAACAACAUUUUGUUUAUGCAGCAGAAUCUCGUACUACUCCGAGUGAGGCUUUGGUUAUAAACUGUCACAUGAUGCUUCAUUACAUCCCCGAUGAAACCCUAUCUGAUACAACAGGCUUGACCUCUUUUCUCUACGAUUCUUCUUCUCUUGCUGCUUCUUCUGCUGUUAGCGUUACUCCCACUUCCUCACUGCGAUCAUUGUUCCUUAAGUCCCUGCGAGGUUUAGACCCAACGGUCGUAAUCUUGGUCGACGAAGAUGCGGAUUUGACUUCGAACAACUUGGUAUGCAGACUAAGAUCCGCGUUUAACUACCUAUGGAUCCCUUACGACACAGUGGACACGUUCUUGCCGCGAGGGAGCAAGCAGAGGCAGUGGUACGAGGCAGACAUAUGCUGGAAGAUUGAGAAUGUGAUUGCACACGAAGGGGUUCAGAGAGUUGAGCGGGUUGAGCCUAAGAACAGGUGGGAGCAGCGAAUGAAGAAUGCGAGCUUUCAAGGAGUUGCUUUCAGUGAAGACUCUGUAGCAGAAGUGAAGGCCAUGCUCGAUGAACAUGCUGCUGGGUGGGGAUUGAAGAAGGAAGAUGAACACAUUGUGCUCACUUGGAAAGGACACAAUGUGGUCUUCGCCUCUGCUUGGUUACCUGCUUGAACAUUAUUGUUUUGUACUUUAUGAAUGAAUGAUUAAUAACUGACAUUAUUAUUAUUUUUAUUAUUUUCCUAUUUAGUAGUCUUUGCAAGCUAGUAGCUAGUUAGUUACUUUCUUAAAUAGUAGUACAGUGUACUUUUUAAGAGUAAAUAAGUAGAUCAGGAGUUAUUUGUAGGUCUUUGUCAUGGUUUUAGAUAGUCUAAAUUAAUGCAGGUGUUUCAUAUUUUAAUUCUUAUAACAUUUGCUUUUACACUUCA